AUGUUGGACGCAUGGAUCGCCCUACCACUACCCUUAAAAUCACACGUUUUGGACCGGUCAGAAAGGGCCUGGGAGACAAGCGCUACUAUAUCGCUUCUCAGAUCCUUCUGUGCGCACAUGAAAAAAAGGCAUCAUGAUCACCCUAUUCCCAUGCUUUGGCUGGGCGCUGCCGGUUGGUGGCCGGUGCGCUUAGACAGCUACGUCAAUUGUUUGUUUGGUGUUAAGGUUCUAACAAUGCACACGUCCAAGUCAAAGUUCUGUUCACAGCCUUGGUCUGCUAUUUGA